UUUGAGACUAUAAAGAUGGAGGCCGAAAAUGAAAGUGGAAGCGAUCAAGUCAUUCAAGAGAAUUAUUCCCGACUUGUUUCCAGAGUUAUACACGAGUAUGAUAUCAUUGACGUGGAGCCUGGAGCAAGAAGUGAGGAGAGUGCCAACGAAGACGUAAAAUCUCGGGAUUCCAGUCAGGAUGACGUCACGUUACCCCGUGUCAACUGCCCUGAAAAAAUAAUUAUUUGUCUGGACAUGAGCUCAGAGAUGGAUAAAGUUUCAUUUCGAUCUCGAUCAGGAGACAAAUGGACCCCAAUGAAGCUGGUACGAAGAGCACUGUCUUUUUUUCUACACAGUAAGCAGAGACUUAACAGAAAUCACCAGUUUGCACUGGUCCAUCUCUUUGACAAGGCAUCAUGGGUGAAAGAUUUCACGGGAAAUGUACGGUCCAUCAUCAGUGCCCUGGAUGACAUGUCGGACACUGUGGAGCUUCAGUCGUUCAAUGCCACCUCGUUGUUUGAUCUUAUACACCAGUGUGUUCCGUUACCAGAAUUAGAGGGAGACACCACAAUCCUCCCCCCACCCUACAUAGUCAGAAUGCUGUUUAUAUACGGACGAUCCAAUGGACUCAUUGAGUUCAGAAAUAAAGAGAGUUUCCGACAGUUAGAUAGCUCCCCUUACUUUUUCUUUGAUGCAAUGUAUGUACAUGAACCACAAUCACCAGAAAACAGAUGUGAGGAAAUCUUUGACAGACUUUGUGACUUAGAUGAGAAGGGAAUGUCCUACAUCUUCGAAGCUGCCAGAAAUCCCACGCGGCUGUACGACCAGAUGGCCAAACUGUUAGCACAUCCUCUUCAGCGCCCCCUACAGAGCGAGAUUGCAUACCGCCUUCAUAACAUCGCUGACCUCACUGAUACUUGAUAUCUGAGCUCUGUUCAGUGCAAAGCUGUGACUUGUCAUGAAAUACUGACUUCUUAAUAUCAGACAGACAGGCCCCAUUGUUUGGACAUUUUAACAGCCAGGAGGGUUGAUAGUUUGGACAUCGUUAUUGACGGAGGGUUGAUGUUUUAUGUUGUACAUGUAGAUCCAAGUUUGUUUUGAUGCUGCAUGUUCUUUAUUGGAGAAUGAUUUUCUUUUUUUCAAACCCAGUUUCCUUUUACCAAUUUGAAUUUAUAUUCUUACUCCAAGUAAUGCCUGUUAAAAAAUAUUUGGCUUGUCAAAAAUAAUUAGCAAGACAAUUUGAAAAUUCGAUGCAAUGUCCAUCUUGAAUUCUGAAGUUACUAUGGAUGUAAUUAUUUAGUGAUGAAUAACACCACUUAAUUUGCAAAUACAUGUAGUGUCAUGAUGCGUAGUCUGUUAAGUUAAAUGUGUGCUUUGAUUGCAAAUAAUAGCCAAAUAAUAAAUGGCCAAUAAAAUCAUUUUAACAAGUA